AUGAAUUCGGAUGACUCAUUUUCUUCUAUAUAUGGAUCAGAUUUUGAAGAUUCUGAAAGUAAAUUAAAUGGUGAUGAGAAUGAGUUGGAUUAUUAUGCUAUUUUAAAUGUACCUAGGGAUGCUAAUGCAGAAGACAUUUCAAAAGCUUAUAAACAUCGUUGUAGAAUUUUUCAUCCAGAUAGACAUAACAAUGUUGAUGAUAAAAAUGAAGCAGAAAAGAUAUUUGUUCAAUUGAGAAAUGCUUAUACAACUUUGAUUGAUCCUAAAAAAAGAGCUAUUUAUGAUGCUGUUGGAGUAAAGGGAUUGGAUUUCCGUGGAUGGGAGAUUGUUGAAAGAUCAAAUGUAUCCGAUGACAUAAAAAGACAAUUUGAAUUUUUAAAAAAAUUUAGAGAACAAGAAUUUAUGUUAUCUAAAGUUCAUCCAUCUGGAAGAUUUUUGAUUAGAGGUGAUUGCUCUGGAUUAUUUAAGAGAUAUAAAGAGGAACGUUUUCCUCCUACAUUUUCUGGCAUGUCUAUAGCACAAUCCGUUGAUUAUUCCGUUACGAUGAAUGAUAGAAUUUUUGCUCAGGGUAAGGUUUCUGCAUUUAAUGGUAGAGGUAGUGGAAAUUUUCAAAUUACGUGGAAGAAUUUGUAUUCGCAAAUGGUAUAUUUUGAAAAUGCAUUAACAUUCAAUGAAGACGAUAUAAAUUAUGAUUUUAAAAUCAUUGGAUCAGUAUCACCAAAAGUUGCCGUUGCCAUACAACCAUCUAUACUUUACUUACCUAUGCAUGGAAUUUAUACUCCAAGAUUGUCAUUAGUUUAUAGAAAACAACUUCAUCCAGAAAUUCAAGGAUCUAUUACUUAUUCAGUUGGAAAAAAUAUUUCAUCGUUGACAACAUCAAUGGAAAUAUUAGAAUUUAAUCUUCCAAAGUUUUUGCUUAACCUUACAUUGUCACCUUUGAAUUCUUUUGCAAGAAUUGCUUACUUUAAAAGAUAUGCUCAAAAUGAUUCAUUUUAUGCAGCUGAAUGUACGUUUUCUUUUUCUGGAUGUUCACCAUCACUUAACUUUAAAAGAAAAUUAGGAAAAUUUUCAAAAAUUGGAUGUGGAAUAAAUUUUUCAUUUCCAUCAUGCUUGUUAAUUGUUAAUUUUAAAAUUGAAACCAGUCUUUUGAGAUAUCAAACGCAAUUAGUUCUUUGUGAUAAUGAAGAAGAUGUUGGACGUGCUUUCAUUUAUGGAACUAUUUUACCAUAUAUUGGUUUUAAUAUAUUACGAAUGAUUUUUCAUAAACCUAUUGAGAAAUUUAUGCGCAUUUUUAGGGAUGAUACUAUUGAUACACAAGUAAAUUUAUCUAGAAAAGAAGAAGCUAUGAAAAUUUGUCAUUUAAUGAGAGAAACUGCUGAAAGAAUAACUAAUGAUGAAGAUCGUAAGCAUGGUCUUAUUAUACUUGAGGCAAAAUACGGUGAAAUGAUUGAUUCUGGACCUUCAUCUUCUCAAUAUCCUGUUGCUGGAAAUAAUCUUAUUGAUGUAACAGUACAACUUCAAGCUAUGGUUAAUGACUCUCAAUUAAGAAUAUACUCUAGCAAGUCUCAAUUACCAGGAUUUUAUGAUCCAUGUCCAGGAAAACCAAAAAUGCUUAGAAUUUCAUAUAGGUUUAGAGAUGAAAUUCAUUUAUGCACAGUUGCUGAUGAAUUUCCAUUAAAUAUUCCGUUGAGUGUUCAUAGGGUUUAA